CCGCGCGGGUUGAGGUCACUCCUGGGCUCAGAAAUGAGGCGAAGGUUUCGACCGUGUUUCUCACCCUCUCUCUCCCUUCCGUAAUGGCACUGCUCAUCAACCACGACAUUCGUUCUCCAUAGGUAUGCUGCUUUCGCAGCAUUUCGAAACCCCCACACUCGCUUGUCCGGCAGCGCUUCUGCCACUGUACUGCUGUUAAUCCUCCCGACAAUCUCGCCUCCGGCGCUGGGCCUGCAAUAUGAAGUGGAAGUGGGCCGACCUCCCGCCAAGUUUGCUACUGGCUGUAUUCUCGUAUCUGGCGUUUUCCGAGGCGCUUCCGGAGCAGGAAGGAAAUACUCCAAACAAGAACAAAACCGACAACACUCCAUUCUUCUCUGCCGCCAAUGGCACGGGCGUGGCGUAUGCGAGGUCAUGCCAGAGCGCAUACUCCGCGUACUCAUCGGGAAAGUCUUCGUGGGAUGCGAUCCACAAUACCGUGGAGACGACAACGGUGUACUAUGGAGGCACAGCGAUGAGCCAGGUAACGUACUACGAAAAUGCCACGACCCUUUGCGAUGGCCAUCCGCGGGUGUUGUACUCGCCAGCAAUACCUCUGUCAACGGAGUGGCGGACGACAGUCGAGCCCACUACGGCAACCUCAGUCUAUACGGACACCGUAGGAAGGGUGUACUCGGCCCCUUCGCCCUCAUGUACGAUACGUCCCCAGGACUGCGAUCCGCUUUGGAGCGACUACAGUAAAUCCGUUGCGGCAGCUGCUACUAUUACGCCCGCGCCAGUGAUUCAGACACCGCCGUGUAUGAAUCAAUCUGCAGCAUCAUCGUGGUCGAGUGUGACGGAGAAAAUAUACGGAUGUGGUCUGUGUACCAUCUAUGGCGAAGGCGUGGAGCUUGUUUACUUUCCUGAACCUACCACGGUGUCGCGAGACAUGUGUGCGGAAACGCCGACUGCAUCCCUGACAUCGUACGGCCCUGGUGCUGUGAUCACGGCAUAUGCUGGAAAGAGUUUUGGCGCAAACAUGAGCUCAGUAGCCGGUGCAAAGAAAACCGUCGUGGCUGAUGGUCACACCUUCACGACCGGGACUGCUUACAUCAGUAUCUCAAAAGUGUAUGCAGCGAAUCGAUGUUCGAAGACAUUUGGAGUCGUAAACGAUGCGAUCCUGGCCAUGCCCUCCGAGUCCGUGCUCAGCUUGCGCUAUUCACAAGACCACUUCCAAAGGUUGAUGGAGACUGACAAGAUCACGGGCUACCCAGUAUCUUACGCUGACUUCAACACUCCGAUACCGUGGUCAGCAUGGAAUGGUCAGAAUCAGUGCUUGAACCAGCUGGAUACCAUCACCUGCGGUGUCAUAUACGAGACUUACUAUCGGCCGCAACUUGCAAUUCCACCAGAGAUCACAUCGCUAAGUCCAGAUUUCGAAGGUUGUCAGAUGUGGUACAACGGACUAUGGGAUCCGCCUCUGGCGCUGACCGAGGCUGUAUCUGCUGAAGGGCCGACGCUUCCCGGAGGGCAUAGUAUACCAACGAGCACUGCCGCGCAACCAAGCCAGGCCCCGCCUACUACGCAGCCCACUGCUAUUCCUAAUGAGCUGCCGUCAACUUAUCAAAACGAAAACGGGCCUACUUUACCCAAUGCUGGUGGGCCAACAGCAUCGGAUGCAGGACCAAGCGGUACGGAUGGCGGGAAACCAGCUCCUAGUUAUGGUGAUAACAAUUCCGGUGGUCACAAGGGAGGGCAAGAGGGCAAUGGCGAGCACGGAACGGAUAAUAAUAAUCAAAGUGGAGGGAAAGGCGGGAGUGGAGAGGAAGCCGAUCACUCUGGCCAUGCUGGACACGAAGGCCAAAGUCCUCGACCACGUCCCAAAUAUGUGCCCUCCAAGGAGCCGUGGACCAAAGAUGUCAAGAUCAGAGGUAAAGAUUACACAGCCAAGGCCGAAGGCAACAAAGUAACGAUUGGACCGAUCACUUGCAUUGCGGGCGGCGCACCUCAAAUGCUUCCAGACGGGACGGUUUGCUCUUAUGGAGAAAAUGGGCUGGUCUUCACGACCAAAGAAAAAGUGGUGUUUGACGACCAGACUCCAGACACAGCAACGAGUGGCCAAACUGGCGUCCCGGAUAGCCAGCCGGACACGGACUCCAGUGGCGCAUCCGGACCAAGCGGCGAGACGAAUUCGAAUGACGGAGCGGGCUCCACUGGUACAGCGUCCAACCCUACUCGCACUGGAGAUUCUGAUACCGUGACCAUCACCAUCAAUGGCGAAAAGGAAACUGCAGUGCAAGAGCAAGAUGGAGGCCCAGUCGUCAUAGAGCAGAGGAUCACUUUGCUCCCCGGAGGUCCGCCCGUCACUUUUCCAGAUGGAACUAUUGUCAGCGUGCCUCAGAACGGCAGCGAGCUUGUCAUUCAGACUAACAGCACACUUGGCGUCGAGCCGACGACGACGGGAGACAGUUCCGUCAGUGGUGCCAUACGGAGUGGUCUCGGGUAUGGUGGUCAGAGCAGUUCUGCAUCUACAGCCCCUGGCUCGGGUCAACCGGCUGAGACCGGCGGAAGUGGAGGAGGCCCUUCGCAGAAUGCUGCGGCCGGACUGUUCUCCUUUGAGGCUCUGAACUUCCUGGUCGUCUUGGGCACUCUCGUGGUUGUUCUUCUUGGAUGAGACUAAUGGCAGGAUCCUGAUGGGAAAAGCAUUGACAUAUCAGACCACCGAUCAGCUGCCGUCAUCUUGACAACGCGACCUUUGGAGUCAGGCGGUCCAUUUCCAGAAGGACAACGCGCCAGGGCGAGGCAGACGCUCGCGGCGACACUUCGUAUGGAAUUCUGCUGAGCGCAACGAAGAAUCCAUCAUCAGGCCUGGCCUUGGGGAAGCAACCCGCAGAAGCUGGGCACCCGAAUUCGCGCUGUUGAGCUGCACCUCAUUGUGUGCGCCGCGGACCAAGACACCAGAUCUACAUCGCAAAAAAUCGCUCAACAGACAGUCUGGGCAGUGACACUCGCCAAGAACGUCGAAGCAGCCGCGCCAACCUCCGAGAGGGGAAGGAGAAAGCAGCAAGCAACAUACUCCACAUGGAGAAGUAAUGUAAUAUGUACGACAUACAGAUGCCAUUGUACACGACAUACAAUCUCAACGAAAAUGAUCCAGCCACAUCGAAG